ACGGUAACGCCGGCGGCUUUGGCGGCGGCAGCUACGGUAACAGCUACGGUAACAUGGGCGGCGGCAUGGGCGGAUUCGGUGGCAAGAGCAGAGGCGGCGGCCUAGGCUCGACGCUGGGCGCUGCCGGUUUUGGCGCGGUGGCCGGCACGGCGCUGGGCGCCUACGGCGGCUACAAGAUGGGCAAGAUGGUCGGCUCGCUGGGCAGGAGUGGCCACUACGGAUACUACAGCGACCAGGGCCGGUACAUACGCUGCGACCCACCGAAGAACAUCAAGGUCGACCCGGAGACGAAUGUGACGUACAUUCCCCUGGAGGAGGAUUACGACAAGCGGUGCUCCUACUUUGACCGACAGCCACCGCAGUACUACCGCGGCCCGCCCGCCGGAUACUACGCCAGCGGCGCCGCCGGAA